AUGGUGUCGUGGAGCGACGAGACCAAUGAGGAUUCAGUGCUGAACAUCUCCUCCUCCUACGAUGGCAUCAUCAAGCUUCCUGCUAUGAUGCACGAUCCGAAUUUCAAUGGCACUGACGCAGAUGUGAUUGUUUUGUGUGAACACGACUCAAUGGAGAAGGCAUUGACCAAGCUAUGGGAUAUGUAUGAGGAGAUUAAGUCAGCUAGGACCAAUGACAAUCUAGAGAGUUCAUUUGCAAUCCACAACCUGACAGGAGAGAAGAAGAAACUACAGGAGAAUUAUGACAGUUUGUAUGCUGAUGUGAAUGCUCUUUUGGAUGCCCAGCAGCAGAGGGGUGUGGAGUUAGCCAAUCAAAAGGAUCAGAAGCAAUAUCUUGAAGUUAAGAUUGCUGAGCUAGAAACUGUAGUUGGCAACUUGAAGGCAGAGUUGCCAAAGAAAGAGGAGGAGAAGAAGAAAAUACAGGAGAACUAUGACAGUUUGUAUGCUGAUGUGAAUUCCCUCUUGGAUGCCCAGCAACUGUAG